CUCAUUACGCACGUCCCAAUCUAUAACCUCUGUGAUUUGUGUUUACAGGUUAGAUGCAAAUAAAGCUUCUACCCAGAAAAUCUGAAUUAAAAAAAUAAUUGGUUGAAAAAUGAGUAGACGAAGGCCCCAUGAAGAGGACGAUGGUUAUGAUCGUGCCUAUAGGAAACGGCGUAGAGUUUCCGAAAAUCAAGAAAUUGAAGAUCGUUUGGAGUCUCUAAUUUUGUGUGUUGGAGAAAAGAGUACAUCGUCAUUAGAGUCCAAUUUGGAGGGAUUAGCUAGUGUUCUUGAAGCGGAUUUAAGUACCUACAGAGCGAAAAUUCUGCGAAUUUUAACCGACUGUGCAAUUCGAAUGCCAGAAAAAUGUACUAUUUAUACUACGUUGGUUGGGCUCCUUAACGCAAAAAAUUUCAAUUUUGGAGGAGAGUUUGUCGAAUUCAUGGUAAAAACGUUUAAAGAAGCUCUUAAAGCGUGUAAAUGGGACCCCGCUCGUUUUUUGCUCAGAUUUUUAGCUGAUCUGGUAAAUUGUCAUGUUAUCAGUGCCACAUCUUUGCUGCAAUUGUUGGAUAAUAUGAUUGACGCCGCUAAUGAAGACAGUGUUCCUCAGGUCCGCAGAGAUUGGUAUGUUUUCGCGAUUCUAUCCACUCUCCCAUGGGUUGGUAGAGAAUUGUAUGAGAAGAAAGAACAACCCCUUGAACAUUUACUGGUACAAAUCGAAGUAUUUCUGAACAAAAGACCAAAAAAGCACCAUAAUGCUUUAAAAGUUUGGGCUGUUGAUACCCCACACCCACAAGAAGAAUAUUUAGAUUGCCUCUGGGCGCAAAUUAGAAAGUUGAGACAAGAUAAUUGGGCAGAAAAACAUAUUGCGCGCCCAUACUUGGCAUUUGAUUCAAUUUUAUGUGAGGCCUUACAACACAACUUGCCCAGCAUUUUGCCGCCACCUCAUCAUGAUUCUUACAAAUAUCCGAUGCCAUGGGUGGUUUUCCGGCUUUUUGAUUACACUGACUGCCCUGAAGGCCCAAUCUUACCAGGGGCCCAUUCUAUUGAGAGAUUUUUAAUUGAAGAGCAUCUGCAUUCGAUCAUUGAAAUGUAUCAUCUCGAACGCAAAGACUGUGCUACCCAUUUAUUAAACUUUCCAUAUAAACUUAAAAUCCCAUUGGAAUAUUGCAUAGUUGAGGUCAUAUUUGCGGAGCUGUUUCAUAUGCCGUCUCCACGAUAUCUCGAUAUAUGUUAUGGAUCAAUUCUGAUAGAACUAUGCAAGCUUCAACCCAGCACUAUGCCCCAAGUUUUAGCUCUCGCCACUGAAAUGCUUUUCCACAGAAUCGACUCGAUGAAUGUUUCCUGCUUUGACAGGUUUGUCUGUUGGUUUUCUUACCAUCUAAGCAACUUUCAGUUUAGAUGGAGGUGGGAUGAUUGGGACGUGUGUUUGAGUUUGGAUUCGGAACAUCCGAAACCUAAAUUUGUUAGAGAAGUGAUGCUUAAAAGUAUGAGGUUGUCUUAUCAUCAGAGAAUCAGAGAAAUUCUCCCAGAAACCUUUGCGGGCUUUAUACCGCAGAAGCCAGAACCCGAAUAUAAAUAUGCCAAGGAAGCAGAAGCUGUGACUCUACCUGGAACAGCUGCAGCUCAUCAGUUGGUUGUAACAAUUCGGCAGAAGUGUACCCCCGAAGAGGUUCUUGCAGUUCUCAAAGAUCUUCCAAACCCUCGAUCCGAAGAGGAAGUUGACGGUAGAUUUAAUCCGUUGAAAAUUGAUGUUUUUGUGCAAACAUUAUUGAAUUUGGGGUCUAAAAGUUUUUCUCAUAGCUUUGCGGCUAUUUCGAAAUUUCACUAUGUCUUCAAGAUUUUAGCAGAAUCCGAAGAAGCUCAAAUAUGCAUUCUGAGAAAUAUGUUCGAGUUGUGGCACAACCACCAACAAAUGAUGGUGGUAUUGGUUGACAAAAUGCUAAAAACGCAAAUUGUGGAGUGUUCAGCAGUAGCAAAUUGGAUUUUCUCGAAAGAAAUUGGUUCAGAAUUCACAAAGAAUUAUUUAUGGGAAAUUUUACAUUUGACUAUCAAAAAGAUGAAUAGACAUGUAACAAAGUUGACUGGUGAACUGACAGAGGCGAGGGAAAAAUUGGCAAGAGCAGAGGAAUCAAGCGAUAGCGAGAGCGAUGAAGAGAAAAAGAAACAGGAAGAUGCAGAAAAACCCUCCGAAGAAAUGGUGGAGCGAAUGGAAGAAAAAUUAGAGGCAGCACAAGCGGAUCAAAAGAAUCUAUUUUUAAUCAUCUUCCAAAGAUUUAUCAUGAUCCUCUCCGAACAUCUGGUCCGCUGCGAUACUGACGGAAAAGAUUAUAAUACCCAUUGGUAUAAAUGGACCAUUGGAAGAUUGCAACAAGUCUUUUUGGCGCAUCACGAACAAGUGCAAAAGUACAGUUCUACUUUAGAAACUCUACUAUUCACUCAAGAUUUGGACCCUCACAUUCUGGAGAUUUUCCAACAGUUUGUCUCACUACAAGGUUAAACCAUUUCUGGGGUAUGGUAAUACAUUAAAUUUUAAUGGAAUUUAUAUAGAGUUACGAAAAUAUAGUUCUACUGUAAUAAAAUUAUUUGUUGACGGUGUAAACGUAAUACGGUAAACACUUCAGCUUUAGAGAAUUUAAAAAAUAUAAAAAAAAUAGUUUAUUUUGGUUUUAAAACUAUACAUUUUAUCUGCCUGCUUAAUUGAUAAGUAUGUGAUUUUAGAGUUCUGCAACCAAAAUUUGUCAUGUUACACACGUCGCCGUCUUUUUUACAAGAAAUAUAUUUUUAAUUACUAUUGGAUUAGUUUAAGAAACUGGUAUGUCCAAAUACCGGUCUUACAAUUAUGUUUUACGGUAAACAUGUAAUAACUAUUAAUAGAGUUGUUUGUAAUAAGAA